GACAUCACUUCCUGUUGGUGAGUUGAGCUGUUGCUGAAGGAGUCGGUUUCAUUGGCCUCUGAUCACCUUCCUGAAGGAGUGAAGAGGAAACGCCGCCCCCCUCCGGUCCACCUUAAGCCUCUUAAGGCGGUAAGCCUCCCGCAGCCUGCUGUUGUUGAUUGUUUCUCCCUCAUGGAAGAGGCCGGCUGCCCCGCGCCUCAUUGCCAGGACGACCCCACCACCUCGGAGGCCAUGGACGAGCUUCUGCUGCCCGGCGGCGGCGGGGAGGAGGCCCGGUCCGACCCGGCGGGCCGGGUCAGGGCCUGGCUGAGGGCCCUCGUGGGCGGGGACUUCUGGAGGAACCUGAGGGGCUUCUGCCGGAGGAACGGGCUGCUGACGCUGUCGGUCAUCGCCGUGGUUACCGGCUGCACGCUGGGCUUCAUGCUGAGAGGAACCGAGCUGUCCACACAGGCCAAGAUCUACUUCUCCUUCCCUGGAGAGCUGCUGAUGAGGAUGCUGAAGAUGCUCAUCCUUCCUCUCAUCACGUCCAGCUUGAUGUCAGGCCUGUCGUCCAUGGAGUCCAAAGCGUGCUGCAGGAUGGGCGUCCUCACCGUCACCUACUACCUGUGGACCACCUUCAUCGCCGUGGUGGUCGGCAUCGUCCUCGUUCUCAUCAUCAAGCCCGGCACGGGGACGGAGAUGGAGAGCAACCGUCUGGGCGGCGGGCCGGUCAUGACCUCGGCCGACGCCCUGCUCGACCUGAUCAGAAACAUGGUUCCCUCCAACUUGAUUGAAGCCACGUUCCAGCAGGUAAACCUCCUCACAGGUUUGAAGCUUGUCAGUUCUGCUCCGUUUCCUUCCUCUAAACACCUGAUUCUGCUUCUGCAGUACAAAACGGACCUGAUCCCCAUCCUCAGAGUCUCAACCAAAACCAUCCAGCCUAACUUUGUCUACGUUGUCCCCGACGACAACGACCCUAAAGGACGGACCGUCUACCUGGAGCUGACUCCGCCCCCAGACGUCAUCUACAAGACGAGUCCCGGCAGCAGCCAGCAGAUGAAUGUCCUCGGCAUCGUUAUCUUCUCCGCCACCAUGGGUCUGCUGCUGGGCAGGAUGGGAGAACGUGGCGCUCCGCUGGUCAACGUCUGUCAGUGCAUCAACGAGUGUGUGAUGAAGAUCAUCAACGCUGCUGUGUGGUACUUCCCGUUUGGGAUCAUCUUCUUGGUGGCGGGGAAGAUCCUGGACAUGCAGGACCCAAGCACGCUGGGGAAGAAGCUGGGCUGGUACGGCAUCACCGUCCUCACCGGCCUCUUCGUCCACGGCCUCGUCCUCCUCCCUCUCUUCUACUUCCUCCUCACCAGGAAGAACCCGUUCAGCUACAUCCGGGGACUUCUGCAGGCCAUGGUCAUCGCGCUGGCCACCUCCUCCAGCUCUGCCACGCUGCCCAUCACCAUGAAGUGCCUGCUGGAGAACUGCCAUGUCGACCGGCAGAUCGCCCGCUUCGUCCUGCCAGUCGGAGCCACCAUCAACAUGGACGGCACGGCGCUGUACGAGGCUGUGGCGGCCAUCUUUAUCGCUCAAGUCAACGAUUACGAGCUGGACCUCGGCCAGCUGGUCACCAUCAGCAUCACGGCCACAGCCGCCAGCAUCGGAGCCGCCGGCAUCCCUCAGGCCGGAUUGGUUACCAUGGUGAUCGUCCUCACCUCUGUGGGCCUGCCGCCCGAUGACAUCACACUGAUUGUGGCCAUUGAUUGGAUCCUCGACAGGUUUCGCACCAUGAUCAACGUCCUGGGCGACGCCCUGGCCGCAGGCAUCAUCGCACACCUGUGCCGAAAAGAUUUUCCUCUGAGUGAAACAGGAAAGCCGGUUCCGUCGUACGGAACCCAGAACCGCCACAGCAACUCCUACAGCAUCAGCGUUCCCAUGACGGAGAUCCACUGCCACCGCGACCCGCCGGGCGACCCGCCGGGCCCCUGCCGGGCCCACACCGUCUACUACAACAUCUGCCAGGUGUGAUGGACCAGAACCGGGUCAGGCAGCGCUCCUCAGACCGCCGGGUCUGGGACCGGAGAAGAACCGGAGCCGGACUCUCCGUUCCGCUCUUCGACCGGCCGGUCCUACUGGAAGUGAGCUCCAGACGGGGUCAAAGGUCGCUCAGACCGAAAUGAUCCGCCUCAUCCUGCUGGUUGGGGGCAGGUUGUCUCUCCACUGGAACUGGGUCAGAACCUGACAGAAUCCCUUCAUGCAGACGGAUCUUCUUUGUUUUUGUGGCUGAACAAAAAACAAUGAUCGACUCCGAAGCCGGGAGGAUCUCCAGAACCGACCGGAUCCAGAACCGAACGGGAUCCAGAACCUGCAGGGAUCCAGAACCGGCCGGAUCCCGAUUUGGGAUUUAAACCUUGACCUUUGACAUGCAAGGAGACUAGAUCCAGAGUUCUGAUCCGGAUGCUUGUGUCAGCAGAACGGAGCGACCUGAUUGGCUGGCGGUGCUGGCCCCGGUCAGGGGUCAAAGGUAAUGAAUAAGUCCAAGUGCUCUUUGUCGCGGCGCUCCUCUUCCUCGGCCGCCGUGCUUUAACUGCUCCUCUUGGUGAUGUGAACGGAGAACUGAAGGAUUCUGGGAAUCUAACCGACGUUUCCGGCUCAGAGGUUCUGAUUCUGUUCAUGGGGACUCGGAUCAGAACCUGAGGCGGUUCUUCGGUUCUCAGAUGAUUCAGCUCAGAGAUUUUAAUCUCAUCGUAUUUGAAGAGCGAUUCGUUUCCAAUGACUCUGACCCGCCUUAACGUGACCUCUGACCUCUACGUUCCUCUGCCAACUCUCAGCAGGCAGCCAGUUUGUGUCACAUCUAUGUUUUUAUAUCUGUGCUGGUUUUUAUUGGAUGGUUAUGAUGAUGAAAUGUUGUUUUUAAAGCCUUAACAGUUUAAUUAUUUCAGCACUAAACUUCAGUUUCUUUUUAAAGGUUUUUGUUUUUUAUUCCUGACCAUAAAGUUAAUAUUUAUGUGUUAUUUUUCACAUCCAUCUCUCGCCUGGAGGCGGGUUUUGUCUAGGACGUUUUGGUGUCAGAAUAUUGGUUCUGAUGUUCAGAUGCUCAGGUUUGAACUUUUCCAUAUUUUCUCCUGGUUUCUCUGACCAGCCAAAUUAAACCUGAAAUAAAAAGUUUUUUCUCUUCA